AGUUCUGAACCUUGUGCAGUGCGUGAGCUAAUGAAAAUUUUCGUUGAUUAUCGAGAAAAACCAAUUAAACAUUUUUGGCAUUAAAUGCCCUGUGGACUGAAACCAGUUGUGCUAAUAAAUUGAAUUUAAUUGGCUUAAGAAAGCAAAUUUAUAUUCAUUAAAAAAAACUCUUGGAAAUAUUUCGGCAAAGCGAAAUAUUCCCGUUUACCCAAUUCGCCGCGGAAUUUGAUUUUUGUCUUUGAAUGCUGCUGCAGCAGACCGAAAAUUCCAACAAAUUCAAUCAGCACUUCGCAGAGUGCUGGAAUCAGUUAAGCACCCAGAGAAGAUCCGACAUAUUAUCCGUUCUCAACACCAUAUCUUUCAGCGCUGCUAAGAUGGCCAUGCCUCAGGGUGCUUUUGCCGCUUGCAAGAUUCGCCAGCAAUUCAACGAACGCGACAUGAUCGUCGCCCGCAUGAGAUCUGGGACAGAUAAGAAUUCAGUUGACAACAACUCAUUUCAACGGGAAUACUCUCCUGUCAAGUAUAACGACAAGCUAAUGAACUCCAUUUGGGGCCUGUACAACCGUUACUCGCCGCACAACGUCAAGAAGAACGAGUACGCCCCCACCAAGUAGCACCCUAUCUAAGGCGCAGCAGCUUUGCUUAUAAGGAAGCUGCUGUGCCGUGUCGUUGUCCAUACCCCUUCUAGGGCAUGGGCCGACCAAAUUAUAUAUACUCAACUAUAUAUACACACAUACUUAUAUAACCCACCCCCCCUUAACCAGCGCAUGAAAAAUGAACAAAAAAAAAAGAGGUAAUCCUUGGUAACAAAUUUGAAUUUAAUUAAUCACAUCUACUUUGAUGCUGUAAUAUAUAAAUUACAAUAAAUACUUAUGAUGAAAAAAGA